AUGGCGAAGAUUUACAAGGAUACCAGGGUCGACCUCCGACCAUUUUCGCCCACCACUGUUGCUAAUAUCCACGUUUCCCCGGAGAGCGCGGUUCGACGGACACGCUUUUCGAUCUCAUCCACACCCACACCCGAUCACGAACUCCCCAUCGCGAAAGACGAAGACGAAUUCUCCAGACGCUACCUUGCGACACAAGGAACGGUCUAUUUCCGCAAGCGCAGAACCUACCCAAGAACGUUCGUGUGGAGAGUUGUCAAUGACAACCAGGUCUUAGAGAUUCAAUGCGCGGAUCUCACCAAGGCUGGCUCGGAGCAAUUCGAGUACAAUGUGACCCUUCGAUUGAACUUCCCGGACCAGAUUCUCCCAUCGGGUGUUGCGCUGGCGGACCAUGAGGACCAUGAGAUUCUCAGUGUUUUUGUGAUUACGGCCUCGAAACAACUACACACAUUCUCGCUUCGCCCGGAGUUCUUCAGAAGACCUGACUCAAUUGACGAGAAUGUGUCGGAUUGGUGCAAGACAUGUGUCCCUGCACCUCUCUCCUUUUCCCACCCUCACCGACUACACGCCAGCAGCCCGCUCGAGCUAUUCAUCUCCCUCGACAAUGGUGCCCUUUUGCGACUGACUCGGAGAGCUGGGGAUGACGGCUCACAUUGGACCCCAUUGACAUUCGACGAACGAACCUGGGGUGCCUCAAUCCGUGGCCUCGUGAAAUGGAACGUACCCUCCUCGCUUCGACACGACGGACGAAACCUCGACUUGAAUACGGCCAAUGCCAUCACCACGACUUCUGACGAGACCUAUGUUUUCGCGAUUUGUCUGAAUCAUACAUUGAAGAUCUGGAAUCUGGCCACGAACAAGUUGGUCGCAACAAAGGACCUUUUGGGCCGUCCAGUUGAUCCUGAUGUCCCUCCAUAUACCCUGAACCCUGCCGAAACCUCUUUUAUUCGGGUAUUCAAUGCAGAGAGAGCUAUGGAUGGAGGCCAUCGCUUUUACGUGGUGACAUACUCUCCAUUUGAGGAUGGACGGUUCAAGUUCUGGGCUGUGAAGGGAGGCCUUACAUCUGAUUUGGUUAUCGAGGAUCUUUACGCAGAGGCAAUCUUCCGGCCAAUGGAUCCUGAUGUCACAGGAAAUAUGUUCUGGAACAUCGCUGAUUUCCAAGUAAAGCCCAUGGAUGAAGGCAAGGGCAUGGAGAUGUGGGUGCUUUGGAGAAACCAUGGACUCUAUCAGCUAUACACUCUUCACUUUGAUCUCCAAACCUUGGUGACCGACUGGGAAAGCAAUUGGGUCUCGACAACAUUUGAGGCUCAUCGACAACAGCAACUGCCUCCUCCAACUAUGGAUGAUGUCGUGGAUCCGACAGAACGAUGGCUGGAAUAUCUUAUGCACCCGAAUCGAUACUUGCCAGAAGUUCUUCAGACUGCCUUGUCCAUUUAUCAGGAAGCCCUCAAGCCUUUGUCAUCUACAUCAGCCGGUGUUCUGAAGAAGGAUGUGCCACUAGCAGAAAGAUUGUGUUCUACGAUCACAGCCACAGUUUCUCUACGUAAAUAUGCCGAGGACGAGAUGGGAUAUAGUCGGUACCGAACAGACACAGAUGCAAAGUGGCGUCAAUUCUGGCAGGUUGCGGACGAUCUCAAUAAGCGCAGAUUUGAGCCGGUGUCUCUGGCCUACGAUUCAUACUUUGAAAUGCCGUGGAUUCUUCUAUCCGAUGCUUGUGCUGUGAUUCGGGAAUGCAAUACCACCGAAUUACUUACGCACAACUCCGGUGCGGAACUUGCUGAGCAAAAGCCCAAGAUCGCUGAUCGUUGGAGACAUCGCAACUUGAGUGCCGAACUUGGAAACUUGUACGAGCAAGCAUCAUCGCUGGUUAAGGUUGCUGCAAACUUCCGGAAGCGAUUCUCUGCAGAGCUUGAUGCCGCUUGCCGGGCUGCUCUCGACAUUGAGAUCUAUAAUGAGCCAUCCUCAUCAAUCACCGACCGCAUGGACGCAUUCCGUGAGCGCUGUGAGUUUGCGGAUAAAAUCUCCAACAAGACCUUUGAUGGCCUAGUUACAGCCUUAAAUGAGAAUUUAGAUGCCGAGAACUUACCUGGGGACGCUUUUUAUGCCAUCAUUGAGACUGUUCCUCUUGGAUUCAAUGGCAAGGACUCAGAGCUCCUUUCAACCUCAUUUGGUGCACGAGUCCUUGUCAGUGGUUCCCUCGAGACUAUUCUCUUGAAUCGUCGCAUUCUCUACGAACUGUUAAUUCUGGUCUCAUUUGUGGAUGGGGAGAUUGAGCAGGGAGGGCGCUCUAACUUUGACGGUGCUGGCCUAUUUUCUGCUCUCAUCAAUAUUCUUCGCGAGUACGAAAUGAUGUACUGGCUGAGCUCAAAUGUCCGAACGCGCGCCGAUCAGCCUACAGACACUCGCGCAGAUACCUCAACACCAAUUUUCUCUUUGAAGGAUUCUAAAUCAAAGACCAAAAACCAAAGGACGGUGACUAUCCUCGAGGAUCUAUUCGUCAGAGACAUCAAGCCACGUCAAGCAAUUGGGUUGCCCCAGAGCUAUACACUGACUCUGGGGAUUCGGGAUGUCCUGGCUUGGGUCACCCGACCUGGUGAGGUUACAUACGCGAAUGCAUUGGCCUAUAUUCAGUGCGAUCUCAUUGCGAAGAAUAAUAUCGAUCUCGCGUGGGAUUUCCUUCGUUUCCAAGCGAGCACAUCCUGGGCGACUUACGUCAAGGGACGUUUGCAUGUUGCGAUGUCAGAGUUUGACACUGCUGCCAUUUACUUCCGGAAGGCAGCAUACCUGCUUUCUUGUGGCAAACCCCUGGGUAACCUCCAUGAAAUGUCCUCGACGCUUCUGGACCUUGUAUCGGUGAACUGCUUCCACAACGGCAUUCCCAAAUAUUACCAGCAUAUUCUUUCCGUAUUCGAACGAGUUCGGUCCUUCUCGCAUGUCGCUGACUUUGCCAGCCUGGCGCUGCAGGCCCUCGACUCUGAAGCAUGGGCUGAGCAGGAUCCCGAGUACUCAAGUAUGCGGACAGACCUACUUUCUCGACUGUUCCAUGCAUCUCUCAAGACCUGCCAGUUUGACCAGGCGUACUCCGCUUUGGCCCGAUACCAGGAUCUUGCUCUACAGAGAUCCGCUCUCAGUUCACUUGUCUCCACCAUUCUCACUGUCUCCGGACCUGGACGCACAGGUCUCAAGCAAAUCCUCCGCUUCCCUACCUCUCUCGUACCCAACAUUGCUUCAUACGUCGAUGAAAUCCUCGUUUCACUCGCCCGCAAACAAAAUUCCUUCCAUUCAUGGCUGGACAUUGACAACAAUGAGGCCGAGAGCUCGCCCGAUUACCACCGUAUCUUGCAAGCAUACCGCAUCUCUCGCGGCGACUAUCGCGGUGCGGCUGAAAUUGCAUACCGCAAUGUUCAACGUCUACGUCAAGCCAGAGAUACCCCCUCCUCCGCUGUUGUCCGUGGCAAGAAUCAAGUCGAAGAAGCUGUGCCUGAAGAUGAUCAAGAGAGUAAAGAAAUCCGUCAUGAGUUGCUAUCACUGAUCAAUCUCUUGGCCUCGGUUGACAAAAGCGAGGCUUACAUUCUUGUCGAGAUCGGACCAUUGGCCUCCUCUGGUCUGAUUGCUGAUUCUUCACACACCCGUAACCAAGGCCCCCAGGCCGACAGUGACGGUAACGUUUUCAUGGAUGAUGCGGACAACAUGGGAUCACCCACCGCUUUCAAGACAAGAAGCCGUUCUGGUAGCGUUGCCUCAUCUACGUCUGUUGGUCGCCGCGGAAGUCGUUCCUCUAUCAGCAAUGUACGCAAUGGUGUGUCGUUCAAGCCUGCCACCGAACGCCCCCAGGAACGCGUGAUCGUUACACUUGAACAUCUGCGUCGUGAAUACCAGUCCGAACUGGAUCGUGUCAGUCGUAUUGAGCGUGGCGAUUGGGAGUUUGGUCUCCUUGAUGAAGAUGAGGAGGAGAUAGAUAACGAUGAAACGAUGAUUCUCUCGUAG